AUGAAGGAUUGGGUGAACACGAUGCGUGAAAGCAGCUCUCCCACUUUCUCUGGUCGUGCUGACCUGAAAUAUUUAACCUCUAAAAAUUAUGUGGCGUGGACAUCAAGAGUGAUUUUUCACAUCGAUUUGGAUUGUUUCUUCGUUUCUGUGGCCUUAAGAGAUCGACCGGAUUUGGUUGGCAAGCCUGUAGCAAUUACUCAUAGCAAGGGCGUUUCGGCGGGUUUCUCGGAAUUAGCCUCCGUGAGCUACGCUGCUCGUGACUGUGGUUUACGCAAUGGGAUGAUCGUACGCGAUGCUUUGAAACUCUGCCCGAAUCUGAUUUGCCUGCCAUACCUUUUUGACGAAUAUCGUUCUAUCUCCAAAGCUAUCUACACAAUAGUUGCACGGUACACGCUAGAAAUUAGAGCUGUCUCAUGUGAUGAGAUGUAUGUUGACUGCACAAAACUGUUUGACGAGCUGCAAAUUGCUGAUCCGGUUGCAUUUGCUGAGCAUCUCCGGGCCGAAGUGAGACGUGAAACCGGCUGUCCAGCUUCAGUUGGCAUAGGAAGAAGCACUCUGAUAGCUCGACUUGCGACGCGCUAUGCAAAACCAGAUGGUGUGCGUUACGUACCGGCCAGUGAUGCCUCCACCUUCAUUGCGAACGAAAAGGUCAAAAACUUGCCUGGACUAGGAUACCACACCUAUGAGAAGCUAAUCAAUGAGUUUGGUAUGAUGGAUAGGUGCAGUGACCUGCAGGCUGUACCACAGAGUGAAUUGGAGCGAGUGCUUGGAAAGAAAAACGGUGAUCAGGUGAUGGAGUAA